UUAUGUCGUGAUUUGAAUCAUUGAUGGGUUUUCAGGGUUUAGAAUAUCUUGACUUUCGGGGCCUGGCUGACGAGGACUGCAAUGUUAUCAAAGUCUUACUGAAGCCGAAACAUUUGUCCCAACGAAAAGUAAAGUUUCCAUGGGACAAAACCGAUCUCUCACGCUUGCAGGCAGAAGCUGCAGGACUCGUGAAUGGUGGCCCCGCUAGCUUCGAAGAGGCUGCGGCGGCAUGUCACUAUGGUUACCCCGCAGCCGGCGGAGCAGUCGGCGUCGACCAUCACUAUGCAUCUGCUCCUCACGACCAGGUGGUUGACAACAGGACCGACGCGAUGGUCAUGCACCAGUCGCCUCCCGUCGUCGCACACCAUCGUCACAUGCCGCUAGUGCCUGCGUCCGACCACCAUGCCGCCGCCGCUCACAACUACCGGCCGGGCGCGGCCGACGCGAAGAUGGCCACGGUGGCGGUGCCGAUAACGGCUCAGAUGGUGAUCCAGGUGAGGGGCAUUCCGUUUCAGAUGCCGCCGGACGGCGGGAUGUGCGGCGUGGUGCUGCCCGCCGUGCCGCCGCCGCCCCUCGUACCCGUGCACGGUCUCCCCCCGGGCGCGCCGCCGCCGCUGCUGCAUCCGGUGCUGCCUCGGCACGCCAUGGUUCGCGUCGGCGGUCUGAUGCCGCGGGAGAUGGCCAACAGUGCUCUGAGCAUGCUGCCGCCCCCUGCGAUGGUGCACUACGGUCAGUCGCUGGGCGGCGGCAUGCAGGCGGUCGGUGGUGAACCCGUUGCGCCGUACAACCUCGCUGCGCACGGCGGCGGCGGUGGUCGCGCGUUCGCGGGCGCUUGCGAUCAGUCGCCCAAUCCCGAACUCGCGCCCGUCGCCACCGCGAUCGGAAACGCUCCAGCAGGCGAGCCGAUCGCCGCGGCAACCGCUAGCGUUCCGGCGGGCCAGCCCGUCCCCGCGACGCCCGCGAGCGCUCCGGCGGGCGAGCUCGUCGCCGUGGCAACCGCAAGCGUUCCUGCAGGCGAACACGUAGCCAUGACAACAGCGAGCGUUCCUGCGGGCGAGCAACCGUCCGCCACGCGCAUCGGAAAUUCCGACGGCGACGACCGAUCGAUCGAACGGGACGCGGCGAUGCCAAGCGGCUGCCAAAGCAGCGAUCCUCGUGCCAGCAGAAGCGAGGUGUCGCCGGACGAGGAGGAGAGGGCAGCCGGCGAGAAGAAGGAAGCCGGCGACGUGCGUGACGAGAAAGCGCCCGCCGUCGCCGCGGCCACGGAGGAAGCCAAGCCGAAGCUGAAGCCGUCGUCGUGGGCGAGUUUGUUCAGGAAUGACAACGCGAAGAUGGUGUACGUGCCGUUGGAGAGCGAACAGCUAGAGGCGGCGGCUGCUGAGAGCAUGGCGGGUCGUGCGCCGCGGCGUGGGUCGCAGGCUGGCUCGGAGGCUGCUGACGACGUCGUCGUCGUUGUGAAACCGUCGGAGGACCACGGAGCGAUGUCGCUUGGAGAGCAUCUCUCGCGGAUUAAGAUCAUCCAUAAGACAGUCGCCCUUCACCCGAGGGGAAUGCUGAACACCAACUGGUGCUACAUCAAUUCUACGUUACAGUCUCUUCUAGCAUGCCCACCAUUCUAUCACCUGCUGAAGAGCCUGCCUAUAUUUCCUGCGUUGACUCGUGGACCAAGCUCCACACCAAUAAUUGACAGCUUUGUUGAAUUUGUCAGCGCAUUUCACCAGAUGACCGUGAGAACAGGCAUUAAGGGGAAAAGGCAGCAGGACUUGAAUCCAGGCUCUUCUUUUGAACCGUCCUACAUGUACAAAAUGCUUGGCUUGAUAAAGUCGGAACUGUGCGCUAAGGGUCGGCAGGAGGAUGCUGAGGAGUUCCUCGGCUGCAUCCUGAAUGGGCUUCACGAGGAGAUGCUCGCAGCUUUGAAUCUCUAUGCAGGACAAGAUGAAGCCAAACCGAAUGGCUUAUCGAAUGGAGACUUGGCGGCGUCCCUGGAUGCCAUUCAGGUAGAGGGAGAAGAGCCUGGUUCUCAGGAAGAGGGGGACGAGGAUGAGUGGAAGCGUGUCGGACCGAAAAACAAAAGCAGUGUCACCCGAUCAAGCGCCAAUCUUGCCAAAACGCCGAUUUCCGAAAUCUUCGGAGGGCAGAUGCGCUCGGAGCUGCAUACUGUUGGCGGGAGAGGCUCGGCCACCCUGCAGCCCUUCUUUACUCUGCAGCUGGACAUACAGUCGGAAAAAGUGCACACGUUGAAGGAUGCAUUGGACGGCCUUGUCAAAAGUGAAGCUUUGUCCGGUUUUACCUGUGCCAAAACCAAAGUUGAGGUGGAGGCGUCGCGCAGGAUGAUGCUGGAGCAGUUGCCACCUGUCCUCAUCCUCCACCUCAAGUGCUUCGUCUAUGACAAGAGCGGCGGGUGCCAAAAGGUUCUAAAGAAGAUCGACUACGGCAUCGAUCUGGAGAUCGGCAAAGAACUUCUGUCGCAAGUCGGAAAAGCCAAGAUACGAGAAAAUCAGAGAAAAUACAAGCUUUUUGCUGUGCUGUGCCACCACGGCAAGAACGCGACGGGCGGCCACUACACGGCCGACGUCUACCACACGGGCAUCGGCGGCUGGAUCCGCUGCGACGACGACGCCAUACGGCCGAUCGCCGCCAUGCAGGUGCUGAAGUACGUCAACCCGCGCCAGCCCUACCUGCUCUACUACCGUCGCUGCGACCUCAUGUGAGGUCACGGGGUCGUCAAAGGUCACGCCUAAGUACGACACUCCCAACGGCUCCACUACGGUCGCCGUGACCUCGGGAAGGUCACGAGGUCUGGGAAGGUCACGCCUAAUUUCGACACCCCCACCAACUCUACUAUCGUCACUGUGACCUCAUGUAAGGUCUUGAUGUCGUGUGAGGUCAUCAGGAUGGUCAGGAAGUAUGGCAGCUCUAUCGGUAUCGCUGUCAUCAGUACCAGUGUGUCGGUGUAGUUGCGGUUCGCUGUGGUGCGAACACAAGCUUCAAUUAGCUAAAUGUACACGGUUCACGCAAAACUUCCUGCAGGAGGGAGGAUGAGUUCAGGUUGCAGCAGUACGGGGAAAGUUAACGAGUACGCGUAUGUUCACAGCGCAGUCAGAACAUACACGAACUUUGUAGUCGAGUAGAAUUGGUUGCUAGGUGUGUACCGAUCAGGUGUGGCGGCUACACUCUGCCGUAUAAUCGUGAGGGUGGUGGCAGUCUUGUUUUAUUGUACAUAGCGCUGUUUCAUAGGUUGAAAGAUGAAUACACUAGAGAUGCACACGGUCUGCGCUGAAUAGCAGUCAUUUCUAGCGGGAGGUCAGGUGCUAGCGCGUUCACUUGAUGUUAUUACCGUGCGUUGAUAAGUGUUGCAGUGCCUACUUGCGGUUUUUUUCGAGUGUGCUGAGUCUAGACAAUGAUAGGUGGUUGUGGUACACACAUGUGCCUGUGGUGAUGUCGGCAGACUAUUAACUAGAUUCUGAAAAUGACAUAUCAGAGCAGGCACCCGCUCGCUGCCACACUGCAUGACAUGACGUGCCGUGUGAAUCGUACGUUGGCAUCCGGGGGGAAGUGAUUACUGUGUGACGUGGUAACCUCGUUGCUGGUGUAGCUUGGAGCGUCGCGGUGUCGCACCCUGGUGACAUCGGAGCAUUGUGCAUCAAAGCAUGGUGACAUCAAAGCUUGGUGACAUCAGAGUAUUGUGCAUCAAAGCAUGGUGACAUCGGAGCAUUGUGCAUCAAAGCUUGGUGACAUCAAAGCGUGGUGACAUCAGAGCAUCGUGACAUCGGAGCAUUGUGCGUCAAAGCAUGGUGACAUCGGAGCAUUGUGCAUCAAAGCAUGGUGACAUCAAAGUGUGGUGAGUCUGACAUCAGAUCGUGGAAUCAUUGAAGGAUGGUUCCAUCGGAGUACUGCGACAUCAGAUCGCGGUAUCAAGAUCACAGUGACAUCAAAGCACAGUGCCAUCAAGCUUGGUGACAUCGAGGUGUGGUGACAUCGGAGCAUGAUGAACUCAAAUGUUGGCUGCAGGACAGAGCCUUGUGCAGCAUUCGACCCCUGCUGCCGUUCUCUGAUCAUUCAGCGCAUUGAGUUGAUCGAAGAGAAAAUGUGUGACUAUUGCCGCAAUACUAUGUAAUUACAAAAACGGGUUAGCAUGACACAGAUGCCAACUAUAUUUGUCGGGGGAGCAAUAGGCUCAAGUGUUGCAAGCGUGGGAAACAACUGGUGAGGCUGCAGCACUAACAGUGGCUAACGCCUGCUGCAGCGUGGCACGCAUCACACCAGAGCCGUGACGAUACGGCUUGUACAUUGAUGACCGAAACUCCACAGAUAUAUUUAAAGAUGACCGUGUGGAUCCAUAAGUUAUUACGUGGAAGUGACCCGUUUGCUACUCAGAGUUGAAAUAUGAAAUGGCAAAACGAGCCAGUGCGAGUGAGUGACUGUAAACAUGCAUAGAAGGCUGACGCCUAUUGUAUACAUUAUUUUAAAUAUAUCAGCCAGUUUUUUUCAUUGAAUAUCUAUAUAGCACUGAAUGAGAUAAAAAAAUAUCUUAGAAGUAACCUCAUAAUCAGGACAGUGUUUGAAUAAAAAGUUAGCAAAUGGCAGCUGUUACUCACAGUCAACUGGUCAUUGUAACAGCGAUACAUUUCAUUUCAGUACUCGGUGUGCACGUCAUGUGUGCUUUUGUUUCCAUACGGCAGACAUAUUACUUCAUCAUUUACUUUUGUAUUUACUUCAUCACGGUACAGAUGUGAUGUUGUCCAGCGUGCAGCACAUGUUGUAUAUUUAAACAGAGCACCGCAUUGUACUCUACUUGCUUUUGUUUGUACGACUGUCGUUUGCUGCCGUUGAAUAAUUCCGAGUUAAAGUUACGUUGCCAGAGCGAUAAUCUUUUCAAAUGUUGAAAUACGCAGCACAAGGUGCUUUGACUCGGGAAUUGUUCUAUACUUGCAAACGACAAGUGCAAAUUUGUAGCUGCGUUAAGCCUAGCGCAGACCUGCGAUUUUUGGUUGCUCGUCGCUGCAUGCAACCUGCAACCGCAAGCGAUCGGUCGAUGUGCCACCGCGUUUGUGCACACAUGUGAUUUCGAAGCAAUUCUAGAGCAAUUUCGGAGCGAUUGAGGGCGACGGGUCACUCAAAUUCAAAAAAUGCGAUUUCUUGCAAUCGCUACGGGUUGCAGUUGCACGUUCCCGCAGACGUAGCGAUUUCAGAGCAAUUUUUACAAAAAUUGUCGAGUUGCAUGAAAAAGUCGCAGGUCCGCGCUAGGCUUUAGCUGCUGCAUUCGUGUCGCAGAGUAUUUGUCCGUCCAGCAGUGGAACACCGGGCUUGUGUGCUGCGGUGAGCCAUGUACGGUGGGUAGGCUGAUGGCACAUACGUUAAUAGUGGGUGACCAAUACAUCGUCUAUAUACACGAUAUAUGCUAACUAUUGGGCUGGGUAUUCGUUCUGUCGUUGGAUUGAUACUUGGUUUUGCCUGCACUGAAUUCGUGCACGAGAUGUUUCAACGUAUAUUCUGGUUUAAAUCAAGUUAGAAUGAGUAUAUUUAGACCAGGGUGAUAAUAGUAUGUAUUGCCAUAACCUAUUUGUUCGUGUGUUGAAACGAAUAUUUGAAUUAGUCUACUGCUUGUAAUAUAUAGUAAUAGCAGUUGUUAGACUUGCAUCCUGCAUCUUCUAAUGUGUAUAGUACAUGAAUUUAAGUAAAAGGAAAAAACACAUGGCCUGUAAUUCGUUUCAAGAGUUAUGCAAAUCGUACCAAGGUGUGGCAAGCUAUGUAUUUACUCCUGUUCUAUUUAUAGCCUUGAUAUACAUGAUGCACACACAGUUGUAUGACCAAGCCAGAAAUGAUGUGCUCUGAAACUCGUUUAUUGUGUGAACAUUUUAAAAUAGUGUAAAAUUUUAAAAAUAGAUACAAUAGAAAAAUGAAAUGAUUGACAAUAUUUUUCGUGGUUUGUUUGUUAUAGAGAGAUUUUUCUGUCGUGCACAAGCAUAUCCUCUAACAGGCAGGAAGCACAAGACUUCGUAUUGCUUUUCUGUGAAUUUGUGCACAGUGGCGUUCGUGCGGUGAGAUCGUGUAUUGCGUGUUGCAGUGAAGCGUAAUAGCUGCAUUUAGGGGAAAUUAUUGCUAAUAAAAGGUAAUAGAGAGAAGAUAAACAGUGA